GCACAAAUCCUCCAUCCCGUAAUAGGAAGUAAGAAGGGGGAACUCCCCCUCUCCCAUACAUCCCCGAGAGAAAAACGCAGUGACUUGCCAUUAUUUUGCAGACAGCGAGCAAAGAGCAUUUCAGAAGUGGGUCCUCUUCCUUUGAUUUUUAACACAAGAAGAAAAGAAGAACUUCUCUCAGCAAGUUGUGAAGAUAAACCCACACACUUGGGAAACCAAGGACCAUCUAUCCUCAGUGUAUUUUGUAAAAUCCACCGGAGAACCCUCUACCCGGGUCAACUGAAUUGUCUUUUGCCCCUGCCUGGCACGUACCUGAGAGGUUCCCGGCUCUUCAUUGGCUCUAGGUUGUUGGCUUUCAUUUUCUUCGUAAACAUCUGCAGCCAUGGGUCACACACCGAGGCAGGGAACGCUGCUGCCCGAGUGUCCACACCUCAAGCUCUUUGAGCUCUUGGUGCUGAUCAGUCUUUUCCAGCUCUGUUCAGGUUUUAAGCAGGUGACCAAGGCGGUGAAAGAAGUGGCGUUGCUGUCCUGCGAUUACAACGUUUCUCCUGAGCAGCUGGCAAGUGUCCGCAUCUACUGGCAACGGGGUGAUGCAACCGUGCUAACCGUCAUCUCCGGGCAAAAAGAGGUGUGGCCAGAGUACAGGAACCGGACCACCAUUGACCUCACUAAUAACCUUUCCAUUGUGAUCCUGGCUCUGCGCCUGUCGGACAGGGGCCAAUAUACCUGUGUUGUUCAGAAGCUUGAAAAAGGAGCCUACAAACUCAAACACCUGACUUCAGUGAUGUUAAAGGUCACAGCUGACUUCCCUACCCCUAGCAUGACUGAGUUUGGAACUACAUCUUCUAACAUUAGAAGGAUCAAUUGCUCAACCUCCGGAGGUUUUCCAGAGCCUCGUCUUUCUUGGUUGGAAGAUGGAAAAGAAUUAAAUGCCAUCAACACUACAGUUUCCCAAGACCCUGAAACCGAGCUCUAUGCAGUCAGCAGUUACCUGGAUUUCAGUGCGACAAGUGACCACAGCUUCGUGUGUCUCGUCAAGUACGGAGACUCGACCAUAUCACAGACCUUCCACUGGCAGAAAUCCAGAAACGAGCCUUAUAUUUUGAACUCGGUGUGGAUCACAGUUGGGACUGUGGCUGUCGUGGCUGUCGUGCUAUUGCCAUUGCUAUUCUGUGGUAUAUACAACUAUGUUACAAGAUGGAGGGACAGAAGAAGGCACGUGGAAACGGUGGAGAUGGAUACAGCAUCUGCAGACGUGUAAGGCUGAACAGAACAUCUGCAGCUAUCAAGAUGAAUAUCCGGCCAGCAGGUGGCGUGGUGGUCAAGGAACUGGAUCCCACACGGCCAGCUCACCAGUUUGAGUCCCAGACCCAGCAGCCUGAAAAUCAUGCAGGGCACC